GUGGAGUGGAGUUUAGCAGUUGGGAGUGUAGUAGUAGAGAGAGAAAGAGUUGAGACCUGAAAUCGUACUGUGUACCCUAAUAAACGCAACACCGAUUGACAAGUAAAAAUACAUCGAAGCUGCGAGAGAGAGAAACAGAGAGAACAUGGCAGAAGAUGGAACGAAGAAGAUGAAUGACGAUGUCGACGUGGUUCAGUCUCAGAUUGAAAAUGCGAUGCGCUCUCGCGUUUCUCACUUCAAGCAACAAGCCGAUUCUUUGACAUUUGCAAGUGUUCGUAGAUUGCUCGAGAAAGAUUUAGGGUUUGACGAGUUUUCUUUGGAUUCUCACAAAAAAUUUAUCAAACAAUCUUUAGACAAGUGCUUAGGAGAGGCUGGUGAUGACGAUGAUGCCACAAAGAUGUCUGAGGAGGACGGGGAAAAAGGUGAAAGUACACAAGAGACUGAAGGACAGAAGGAGGAACAUCAAUCUAAAGAUGAAAAGGAUCUCCCUGAAGAUGAGGAGAAAAUGGAAGAUUCUCCGGUAUUAGGUCUGCUUAAAGAACAAAAGGGGGGUAAACAAGAAACCAAGAUAGCAGAAGGCAAUGGGAAAAAAAUAGUUCCAAAUGAGAACGUAAUUAAGAAAGCUAUUAAAAAAAGAUCCUCAUACCUCAAGGCUAAUGCAGAAAAUGUAACUUUGGGUAGUCUUCGCCGAUUAUUGGAGGAAGAUCUUAAACUUGAUAAAUUUUCUCUGGAUCCCUUUAAGAAGUUUAUAAGUAAAGAGCUUGACGAGGUAUUAAUGUCUUCUGAAGUUCCGGAACCUGCAGAAAGGGCUAAGAAAAUUGUUAAGAAGAAACCUGAUACCAAAGUAACUAAAAAGGUCAGUGCUGAAGAUAACUCUGAUACUUCAGAUGAAGAGAGUGAAGGGGAAGAUAAUGAGGAAGAUGAAGUCAAACCUAGAAAAAAAAGUGUUCCAAAAGGCAAGAAGCAGACUCCUGUUGGAUCCAAAAAGCGUAAAGGAGAUGACACCAAUCUACCCAGCAAGAAAAAGGUCAAGCCUGAUAAAGCAGCAUCAGAAGACAAUAGUGAUGCAGGAGACCAUGGAAAAAACUCUGAAGAUGACCAGUCCCAUUCGUCGGCAGAGAAUACUACAAAGAAGAAACAAGUUUCAACUCCAACUCCUGUGUACAGUAAACGUGUGGAGCACUUGAAAUCUGUUAUUAAAGCAUGUGGGAUGAGUGUUCCUCCCGUUAUUUAUAAAAAAGUCAAGCAGGUCCCUGAAAACAAACGGGACGGACAACUAAUUAAAGAAUUGGAGGAAAUACUAUCUAGAGAAGGCUUGUCUUCAAAUCCAUCUGAGAAGGAAAUCAAAGAGGUAAAUAGGAAGAAGGCGCGAGCCAAGGAACUUGAGGGUAUUGAUAUGAGUAAUAUUGUGUCAAGUACACGUAGAAGGGCGACGAUUAGUUUUGUGGCUCCUUCACCACCAAAGCCCAAGAUUCCAGUGGAAACUAGUGGCAAAGAUACCAAAGGUAGUGAUAACGACAACGAUGAUGAAGGCAAAGAAAAUGAAGAGGAGGAAGAAGAUGAAGAUGAAGAGGAGGAGGAUAGCAGUGAUGAUGAUGGAAGUGAGAGUGAAGAAUUUAAUGCGGAUGAAGAGGACAGUGAUUGAACUCGGGCAGAUUCUGCAAUAAAUAAAAGGUGAAUCUUCCACAAUUAAUUAGGAAGUGAUGGUGUAUAAUGUUAUGCAUCACAUUGUGUUUCUCUAAUUAUGUAUCUUUCCUUUCUCUUUUUACUUUUUUUCCUCCAAAAUUUUUUCGUGUCAGAUGACCAAUUAAUUAGGAAGUGAUGCUUGUUGCCGAAACAUUAUCUAGUUUCCCCUUGGUCUAUGGAUAGGAACUUAAAACACUGGAUUGAAAUUUAAUAUUUUUUGUCCCCUCUAAAUUCUAAAUAGACAUGUUUACGGUGAGAUUGCCUCAUUUCAAUCGUAAGUGGCAGUGUUUCUAGUGAAUAGUGCUUGAAAACUCCGGUGUCUGUUGAAAUUUACGUCACAUAUGACUUGUAUAUAACUUGCUUAGAAAUCCACAGUAUGCUAAACUUGAAAUGGAA